UCGCAAGACUUCCGGGAACGGUUGAGAAACAGACCAGUCUGGGGUUUGGGGUUUGAGGAGGCAACGAUAUAAAUGAAAUAUUCUUCCUUAGAUGUUAAUUUUCUCAAAAUCUAAAGAUACAACCUAGAUUAGAUCCGAUUUCUUAAGUAGUUGGACAUGUUAGUACUCCAAGCUCGUGAAAGUGACAAACUGAAGCGUUUAUAUUUUCGUCAAAAACAACGUUAUAUCGACGGAGUGCCGUUGAUUUGACGGCUUGCACAUGCGUAGUUCGGCACGAGAGACCGUUGUUGACCAUGGCCUGUUUCUACGCAUGAGUUUAGUGAGCCAACGUCGCCAUCACGUCGCCUACAAGUGUGCUCUGGAAUUUAUACUGAAGAAGCAGUUUUAGCCUAUCUCCAUAGGUUACUGUCUUUGAUACGGUCACUGCUUUUUACGACUUGAUUGACAGGGAUGAAGAGGAUAACAUUGCCCUCGUAGAACAGCUUCACACAGUGGGAUCAGUCCAGCGACGAGGGCAGAAAAGUGCGUGGCAUCCUCUUCGGGUCUUCAACUGCCAUUAACGGAAUAAAAACUGCCAUUGUAUCUUGUUUUGCUUUAACAGACGUGAUGAGUGGCAGGGUUGGCGACCUAAGUCCGAAGCAGGCUGAGGCAUUGGAGGAGUUUCGAGAGAGGAUUCAGGAUGUUCUUCCACUACUUCCUGCUCAGCAUGACCACUUCCUGUUGCGCUGGCUCAGAGCCAGGAACUUCAAUGUCAAUAAGUCAGAAGCCAUGCUUCGAAAGCACCUUGACUUCAGGAAACACAUGAAAGCAGACACAAUCACCACAGAAUGGCAGCCUCCAGAGGUUAUUGAGAAGUACCUGUCUGGUGGGAUGUGCGGGUUCGACCGGGAGGGAAGCCCCAUCUGGUGGGAUGUCAUCGGCCCUGUGGACCCCAAGGGCCUCUUCCUGUCUGCCUCUAAACAGGACUUCAUCAAGUCUAAGAUCAGAGACUGUGAGAUGCUGCAGAAGGAGUGUGACCUGCAGUCUGAGAGGCUCGGGAGGCAUGUGGAAGCCAUCACUAUGAUCUAUGACUGUGAGGGUCUGGGUCUCAAACAUUUGUGGAAGCCUGCCAUCGAGACUUACGGAGAGAUCCUGACCAUGUUUGAGGACAACUACCCUGAGGGCCUCAAGAGACUAUUUGUCAUUAAAGCCCCCAAGCUCUUCCCCGUGGCCUACAACCUCGUCAAGCACUUCCUUAGUGAGAUCACCCGCAACAAGAUCAUUGUCCUGGGUGCCAACUGGCAGGAGGUGUUGCUGAACUACAUAGACCCAGAGCAGCUUCCUGCUGCGUACGGAGGGAAACUCACCGACCCGGACGGGGACUCUCGCUGUAGGACCAAGAUCCACUAUGCUGGGACAGUGCCUACGUCCUACUAUGUUCGUGAGUCAGUGAAGGUGGACUAUGAACAGUGUCUAACAGUCAGCCGUGGCUCCUCACAGCAGCUAGAAUAUGAGAUCCUCUUCCCUGGCUGUGUGCUCAGGUGGCAGUUUUCUAGUGAUGGGGCAGACAUCGGCUUUGGGGUGUUUAUGAAGGGGAAGAUAGGAGAGAGGCAGAAUGCAGGGCAGAUGCAGGAGGUGGUUCCCAGCCAGAGAUACAACGCACACCUGGUGCCCGAAGACGGCUCUCUCACCUGCAGCGAGCCUGGGGUCUAUGUGCUGCGGUUCGACAACACCUACAGUAUCUUCCAGUCCAAACGCAUCAGCUUCACCGUCGAGGUCUUGCUCCCAGGCCAAUCUCAGUCUCCGAAAAAACGGGCUGGCUCACAAGUGGAGGCCAGCAACCAAUCGCAGUCUCCGAAUAACCAGGGUGGGUCAGAAUCUGGGGCCAGCAGCUAAUUGUGACAGACGUUACUGAGCUAGAGCUAGUCUCAGCCCCGGCCAUGGUCAGUGAAGUCAGACCUGAAACCACUGAAAUAGACUCCAAUGAUCAGCACUGAGGUACUUCAUCUGACAAUGGGCCAUUGUGCUGCUCACGAAUGAAGGUAUGUAGCUCUGGUUACAUGCAGCUUGCUGAUGCUGAGACUUCUACAUCUGCAAGCCACACGCAAUGCCCUGGGCCAGAGCUAGAAUGUACAAUGAAGAGAAACAAGUCCACAACUCAGGGUUCCUGGAGUAGAGGAGAUGUAUUCAAACACAGACUGAAACAACUGGUUUACUUUCUACAAUAAGUGUAUGGCUUUUGAAAAUCUAUUUUAUUUUAAAGACCAGGAAGUAUAUUAUAUCUGAAUGUCAUUGAUGGUCCAGGGUGUAUUAUUUUGCAAUGCUGAGAGCAGAGCAGCAAGACCUCAGGAGAUAUUUAUUUUGUCAACACUCCUCCAUAUAACCAUCUGUUCAAGUACAAUCCCUUUUCUGUGGCAACAACGCAUUAUGGGCAUCACCCUGUCUUUCUCUCUCUCAAGAACUGGGGGAAUUUCAAGGUUUUUCCCUUUUGAGUAUGCCUUUACUUUUCAAAAUCAACACAGUUCUGUUCAAAUUAAUAUGUUGACAUACUGGUAGUUUUAUUUUCAGGGAAAACAAAUCUAUAUUUUGUCUUUUAAUUGUUAGAACAUGAAAGGCAAGAAAUCUUUGAGAAUGCUAAUAUCCACUGUCCAAAAUCUGUAUCAUUAAGCAUUAUUGCAGUAGACUGACAUUCCAUUUUGUUGUGUAAUCUUCAGCACCAGUUUUUUCCUGUUUAGGGUUGCAAUUUGCAAAAUUCCAGUAACUUUCCCAAAAUUCCCAGGAUUUCCUGCUUAUUCCCUCCUGAUUCCGGGAAUUCUCCAACUGAGAAAUCCAGAAAACCUAGCAAUUUUGGGCAAAUUACCGGAAUUUUGCAAACCUUUUCAUGUAUAUCGAUCUAUAUGUAACAACAAAAGACAUACAUGGUGUAAAUGCUUGCCUUAAAUACGUCAGUGUGUUUAAAGAAUGUGCAGCACUCAACGAACUGGCCCUAAUGGGCAGUUGAAAUACUCAAAAAGCUCUAUUAUAUGUCAUCUGUAAACUGUACUUAUUGAUUGAAGUCGUCUUCUGCCAGCAUCUGGAUAAAGUAUUUUGCACAGUGAAAAUCAUGGAAUGUAGCUAGCUAUUAUAGCCUUAUUCGAUGUUGGUUCGUGCUCACUGUUCAGUAGAUAAUUUGUUACCUUUAUGUAUUUUAGUAAUGAGUAGGGGGAACAGUACCCACUCCGAAACAUUUAAAUUGUUAUCUUUUUGUGAACAUUUGUCAAUCUUUUCUUUAGUUAAAAUUGGAAACAUGUCAUUUAUUUUUGUAGAAUUCAUGUAGUCAGUGCAUAUCUAAUGUAACAGAAACCAAUCUGAGCUGUUCCAAUCUAUUGGGAAAAUAAUAUACAUGUUUGAAUCAACUUGAA